AAGGCAAAAAUUUUCUUAGUCUCUAUGAAUUGCGUGCAAUUUUCUAAAUAAAUUAUUAGUAAGUUUUAGUAACCUAAAACAUGUUCAAUAUAAACUUACUAAAGAUCCUCGGGUUACAUAGAACAAAACUUAUAACAUCUUUUUAAUUCUAAAGCCAUAACGUCAUGUUUAAGGCGAUUUUGUUUGCGUUCCUCUCUUUUGGAACUGUGAAUGCAGAAAAAGAUCCUUUGAUAUUCAUCGCCAAUCCUGUUGAAGCCGACAUGCCAGGCCAUUGGAUGCCCUUGAGUAUAGUCAAAAUUAUACUAGGGGGUUCGACGAGACCCCCUGUAAAGAAAUUAUCGCACUAUAUACCUACAACGACAUCAACAGAGCUUACAACAAUAACAACUACGACUACUACGGAGGCUACAACAACGCCUACUACACUGAAAACAACAGAAAAGAAGACUCCAAAAGCCACUGAUCCAGCGACAACAACCACCACGAUGACAACAACAACAGAGCUGACAACAACAACGCCGCUGACGACAACGCCGACGACGACAUCGCCGACGACGACAACGCCGACAACGCCGACGACGACAGCGCCGACGACGACAGCGCCGACGACGACAGCGCCGACGACAACAACAACGACACCGCCGAAAACGACCACUCCAACAACGACAACGCCAACUCCGACCACUCAACCAACAACAAUAACCAUACCAACGACAACACCAGCACCAACAACCACAACACAGUCAACGACGACGACCACAGAGGCAACAACUACGCCAACAACAACAACAACAAUGCCUACAACAACAACCACACCAACGACAACGACGACCACAACCACACAGCCCCCAACAACAACAACAAAACGAGGACCAAAACGUGCGCCAAAAGCAGCCACAGAUACGCAUGAAAAUCGCCCGAAUUAGUUAAUUUAUGACUAUAAGUAAGAGUAAUUCUAUUAUGAAAUACA